AUGCGAGCCAAGGCAUGCACAAGAUGUCGCCAGCUGAAGCUUGGGUGCGACGCCGACAAACAAGCCCCGAGUGCUUGUUCCCGAUGCAGGUCGCUCGACCACCCGUGUACAUUCGACCCCACGUUCCAACGCACCUCAAAGACCCAGCAAUUGCAUGAGUUACAAGAGGAAGUCUAUCGGCUUCAAAAGGCACUAAAUAAAGCACAGCUUUCAGCUGCUACCGCUGGUAGCUCGAUUCAACCUCAUCCCUCUCACGACCCGAAUACUGUGGCAAACCUCCUCCAGGUACCUGAAUUAUCCCCUUACAAGACGCCGAGGAAAGUUCUUGGAGAUCUUAGCCUUUCUGAAGUCGAGGUGACUGAGCUCUUCCGGGUUUUCUACGAUGAAUGUCAUAUCUACCUUCCAUUUAAAAUCAACGGAUCUAGUGAGGCGCUUUACCAUAGUUGUCCCUUGCUAUUUUGGGCGGUAUGCGCGGUUCCAGCGCCUCCUGCCAUCCGUUUCAAACUAGAACCGCAGCUAAAGAGGAUGGUUUCCGAUGUGCACCUCGAGACCCCAGGAUCCGUGGAAAUAGUCCAGGCCCUUCUGAUUUUGUGCAUGUGGCCACCAUCUUUCUCAUGGAAUCGUCACGAUCCGUCCUUCAUUUAUAGCGGUAUCGCAAUCCAUAUGGGGCUCCAGCUCGGACUGCACAGGCCCGCGCUUGCGAACGAGUUUUGUCUCGACGUUAACGCUCUCAAAGUAGAGCCUGACAGUGAUACCAAGAAGACAACGUGGCUCGCAUGCUAUAUAGUCAGUCAGAUGCAAGUCGCCCGCAGCGGGUUGCCGCUGCCAUUUCCAGAGGACUCGAAUCUUGUUAUUGCAUUCGAUGAUCCCAAGGUCUCACCUCAGCUGUCUCUUCUCAGUCACAUCUAUCGUCUCUUGGGGCAAUCUGCCAAUGUUAUUGGCGCCAAAGGGUUGAGCGUAUCUGGUCUCGUCGAUCCGAUCACGCGUGUGAACAUGGUCAUGCAGUUUCGCGCUCAGUUCUGCACUCUCUGGAAGAGACUACUUCCGUACAAAUGCGACAUGCUCGAGCUUGGUUUCUUAAGCGCGAGGCUUCAGCUUUGGUCAUUUGUUCUUCAUGACGACAUUUUGUUAUCAGCAGAGGUGUUUGAUAUUAUCAAUGAUGCGGAACAAGACGCGAUGCGGCUGCUACAAAUCUCCAGCGAGACCAACCUGUCGUUCGUCCCGUUCUAUGUCCGACGGUCCAUCUGUUACGCAGCAUUGAUGCUGGUAAAACUACUCAAAUAUCCUUGUAUCCGCAGCGCUCAUGAAACCAUCUGGGAGAAAAUAGAGCUGGCUCGGGUGUCAUUAAGUUCUUCGGUUGACCCGAGCGAUGGCGAUGUUCAUCACGGUAUCGAUCGACUAUUGCAGGCGGCGCCGUAUCUCGAGACCAAGGAGACAGGGCCACCAACGCAGUCUCGAAUGACAUAUUCGAUGGUUUUCGACUUCAUCCGUUCGUAUCGAAGACAUUAUUAUCGGUCCGACUUUGGCACACUACCAACGUUGGGGCAGGAAUUUUUCGGAAUAGAGCAUGGUGUUAGGCCCAUGGAGUGGUCUGACAUAGGUCCAUUCUAA